AGACGGCCGGGGCUCAGCAAGGCGCGUGCGCGUGGAGGGAACCUCUUGGGCCAAGGACAGUUUCUCGGGCCCAGCCCCCACCCCCGUUGCCCCCAUCCUUCAUUCUAGCCUCCUCGUCCCCCUCCCGCUCCGGGCCUCGCCACCGACCGACGCCCAGACACUAUGGCCUCGCGAGCUCCCGGCCUGGCUCCUGCGCCUCCGCUGCGGCCGGUCACCCACCUGCUCUUUGACAUGGACGGCCUCCUUCUGGAUACUGAGCGACUCUAUUCAGUGAUAUUCCAGGAAAUCUGUGACUGCUUUGGAAAGAAAUAUACGUGGGAUGUGAAAGCCAUGGUUAUGGGUAAAAAAGCAUUGGAUGCAGCUCAGGUUAUUGUAGAAGUCUUGGAUCUUCCAUUAACCAAAGAGGAACUGUUGACAGAAAGCAAAAAGAAGCAAGAACAAAUAUUUCCAACAGCUUCAUUUAUGCCAGGUGUUGAGAAGCUGAUCAACCAUCUACAUAGACACAACAUACCUAUUGCUGUUGCUACUAGCUCUGCUGGAUCAUCAUUUGAACAGAAAACAAAAAGACACAAAGAAUUCUUUAGUUUGUUUAAUCAUCUCAUUCUGGGUGAUGACCCUGAGGUGAAGAAUGGCAAACCAGAGCCUGAUUUGUUUCUAAUUUGUGCAAAGAGAUUUUCCCCUUCUCCUCCAGCAGAAAAGUGCCUUGUGUUUGAAGAUGCUCCAAAUGGAGUUGAGGCAGCCCUUGCAGCUGGGAUGCAGGUGGUUAUGGUUCCAGAUGAACAAUUAAACCCAGAGCUUACAAGAAAGGCAACCUUGGUGCUGAAAUCACUGGAGGACUUUAAGCCAGAAUUGUUUGGUUUGCCAUCAUAUGAUUGACAGAUAUUCUAAUGAUAGUCAAUUUUGUGGCAUUACUCCCUUAUUUGUUAUCUUGGAUUUUUUUUCCUUUUUAAUGAGGAACUGGUAAAGAAAAUCAACAUGUAAUAACAAGUUUAAUAAGCAAUAAUUAGACAUUCUUCCCACCAUAUUUUGUACCGUUUUCCAAGUAAUUCAAUGAAUUCAUCUUGCCCUGACUUUCUCUUUGAUUGAGGAGGAAUAACCAAUAAAAAUGGCCAAGAUGAAUCAAAGGACAAAUCAAAUUAACAUCUGAAUAAUCAGUAGUUGAUUAUACUAAAGUGAAAAAUAUCCAACUGUCUGUGAUUUAUGUUUCUCUACCAAAGUGGGGAUCAUGCCUACACUCAGAAAAAUAUUCAAUAAAAUUGAUAAAGAUGAUUUAUUUUAGUAAAUGCCAAAUUGCUAUUUUAAAAAAAU